GUUCAUAAUGAAAUCAUGUCGAAUCUCGACCAAUCGGAUUUGAGGCCCGUGAUUCAACUUGGUCAAGGAGAUCCUUCGGCCUUCCCAUGCUUUCAAACCACUUCGGUGGCCGAGGAUGCUGUUGAAGUCGCUUUGCGAUCAAAUGAAUUUAACGGAUAUGCUCCCACAGUUGGUCUUUUUACCGCUAGAAAGGCAGUAGCUGAGUAUCUAUCAAAGGAUCUCAAAGAUCACAAGUUAUCACCUGAUGAUGUUUAUCUAACAAUUGGGAGCUCACAAGCAAUUGAACUUAUAAUAUCAGCACUUUCUUGCCCUAAAUCAAACAUCCUUCUUCCAAGACCAGGGUACCCCAUGUAUGAAGCCCAUGCAGCCGUUUCGAAUAUCGAAGUUCGUCACUUCGAUCUUAUCCCCGAGAAAGAUUGGGAGAUAGAUCUCGAUGAGGUUGAAGAUCUUGCAGAUGAAAACACCGUUGCUAUUGUUAUCAUUAAUCCCGGAAAUCCUUGUGGAAAUGUCUUCAAAUACCAGCACUUGAAAAAGAUUGCUGAGAUUGCAAAAAAGUUGGGGAUAUUGAUAAUUGCUGAUGAAGUAUACAAUCAUCUUACAUUUGGUAAUAACCCAUUUAUACCGAUGGGAAACUUUAGUUCGAUUGCUCCUGUGAUUACGGUUGAUUCCAUAUCGAAGAGGUGGAUUGUUCCCGGUUGGCGGUUAGGUUGGCUUGUGACAAAUGAUCCUCAAGGCAUUCUUAAAAAACAUGGGAUUAUUGAUUCUAUUAUUGGCUUUCUGAAUAUUUCUUCUGAUCCAGUAACAUUUAUUCAGGGUGCACUUCCUCAGAUCUUGGAGAAGACAACUGAUUUUUUCUUUUCUAAAAUUACAAACAUCUUGAGAAAAUCAGCAGAUGUUUGUUAUGAUUCUCUAGAGGACAUUCCUUGCAUCACAUGUUAUAACAAACCAGAAGGCUCCAUGUUUAUAAUGGUGAAACUCGACGUGUCAAUGCUGGAAGAUGUGUUCGAUGAUGUGGACUUUUGUACGAAGAUGGCAAAAGAAGAAUCAGUAGUGAUCUUACCCGGGGUUGCUGUGGGGCUUAAGAACUGGUUGCGCAUAUCUUUUGCUAUAGAGCCUGAAUCUCUCCUAGAAGGGCUUGGUUGUAGGAUGAAAGAAUUCUGCAAAAGGCAUGCUAAAAAGAAAUGA